CUUCUAAGUUCCAUGCAGUCUAACUUGUGACGUACGUGAUAGUUAUGCAACAAAUGCACAGAUGAACAGUGGCUAACUUAAUGUUGGACACGUUUCAGUCUUUGAGAUAAGCAUGAACCGAGUGAAGAAAAUAACACAUAAGAAAGAAGCCUCAUUGGUUCACUUCAACUUGUUGGUCACUUCACCCUCUCUUCAUUAUUAUCAAAUUCCUCUAAUAUGGCUUCAACCGCUCCUCAUGAACAUAGCCAAGUACAAUCCAACAACAAAACGAGUUUCACAAGCGUGAAAUCACUCACCGAAUCACCAGAACUCACUUCCCUCCCACCCUCAUACAUCUUCACCACCAACUCAGAUGAAGAAGAUCAUGAAAUAGUAUCAGAGCCAGAUAAAGAUGAUCCAAUCCCCAUCAUUGACUAUUCCCUCUUGGUUCUUGGCACACCUCAUGAACGUGCCAAGACCAUCCAUGACUUGGGCAGGGCUUGUGAGGAGUGGGGGUUCUUCAUGCUCAUCAAUCACUCAGUGGCAAAGAGCGUCAUGGAGAAAAUGGUUGAUCAAGUUUUUGCUUUCUUCAAUCUUAGAGAGGAGGAGAAGCAAGAGUAUGCAAGUAAGGAUGUGAUGGACCCUAUAAGGUAUGGCACAAGCUCCAAUGUUUCAAUGGACAAAGUCUUGUUCUGGAGGGAUUUCCUUAAAAUCGUGGUGCAUCCAGAGUUUCACUCACCUGAUAAACCACUAGGCUUCAGGGAGGCAGCAGCAGAGUACUGUAGAAGAACCUGGAAAGUGGGAAAGGAACUGCUGAAAGGAAUAUCAGAAAACUUGGGAUUGGAAGCCAAUUACAUAGAGAAUACAAUGAACCUAGAUUAUGGUUUGCAAAUGAUAGCAGCAAAUCUAUAUCCACCUUGUCCACAACCUGAGCUUGCAAUGGGAAUACCCCCACAUUCUGAUCACGGCCUCUUGAACAUCCUCAUGCAGAACGGGGUUAGUGGCCUUCAAGUGCUUCACAAUGGCAAGUGGAUCAACGUCACUUCUACUCCAAACUGUUUCUUACUCUUUGUAUCUGAUCACCUUGAGGUUGUGAGCAAUGGCAAGUACAAGAGUGUAUUACAUCGAGCAGUUGUGAGCAACAAAGCUACGAGAAUGUCCCUGGCAAUAGUAAUUGCACCAUCCUUGGACACUGUGGUUGAACCAGCUAAAGAGUUGCUAGACGAUGAAAGAAAUCCAGCAGCGUACGUUGGGAUGAAACAUAGAGACUACAUGCAACUUCAGCGAAGCAACCGGCUUGAUGGGAAAUCUGUGCUAGACAAAGUUAAAAUCUGAAUUUGAAUCAUAUCAAGUGAUAGGUUCAAAAGUUUAAGUUUGGGACAAAUGUUUUGUAAAGUACAAUAAGCUAGCCAACAAGGGAUUUUGGUUUUCUACGAUGAAUCAGAUGAGAAGGACACCAUCAUUUGAUUUCACAUUCACAAA